AUGCCUCGAGCCGGUGGCACGCGCCGCCCCAAGUCUGGUGCCUCUGCUGGCGGGAAGGGCAAGCCGAAAGCCAAGGGCGGCAAGAGCAGAACGAUUAAGGACGUCAAGAACACGCCACCCGGAAAGACCAGCGACACGCGCAACAGCAAUGCCCGAGAGGAACUGGAGAGCCUCAUCGGGCUCAGGAUAUGUCUCAUCACUAACAUGAUGACCUGCCCCUACUUGGUGCAUGGUAUUCAUGUCUUCGAACGCUUCGAGAAUAGUGUCGGGCGCUGGACUUACGACGAGGAGAUCCGCAAAUGGGUGAAGCGUGUCGACUUGGAUAGCAAGGGUAACUACGAAUUUGGUGAGAACCUUGACGAAUUCGUCGCGCGCGUGAAGGCAAAUCCUAAAAUGGACUAUAAGGAGCUUUCCCCUGACGGCAAACACGAGCUCAUCAUGUAUGGUUUCCCGAACAAGCACAAGCACUAUUUUGCCCGAUAUUCGACCUACCAGCGCUCCUACAGGCGCACGACCCCAGAUGGCUGCAAACUGACGUACGAGGACAUCUACCAAGAAUACAUUGACCAUCAACUCGACGAGCUAGAAGUCGAACGCCUCAUACUGCAGACGGGAGACCAAGUUUUCGUUCUUGUCAGUCACCUCAACCUGGUCUUCGUCCACGCCAUGAAGAUGAAAUAUCGUCUCGACGACCCAACUGGCGAGCACACCGAUGAGGAGACGAGCGCGCAAGAGAGCACGGACGCUGAAGAGACAGACGCGCAAGAGAGCGACAACGCGGAAGAGGGCCCUGAGUUCGAGGAAAGCUCGGACGUCGAAGAGGACGGGAUCUGGGAAGACAUUCCGGAGGAUCAGGCAUACCCGUCUAAGACGACUGUACGACGUGGUGGUACACAAUCCGAGGGAGUCGGCCAAUCUGCUCCCAUUGCCAAGCCUCCACCGCGACUCGCACGGAGUGCGCCUGAAGAACCUCUCGGAAACCAGGACUCGCGCGGACUCGAUCUUUCAUCGGACCCCCCGGUGGAUGAAGACGCCAUCGACGAGAAAGUGCGGAUGUUCUUGGUCCAAGACAAUCCUACCCAUUCCUCCACGACGAUCGAACGACGCGUGCACGCAGCCUCCGCCUACCCGUCUUCUGAUGCGGGAGAUCCUGCCGUGGGCCCAUCGCAGCGCAACACCCAUGGGACGACGAGGACUAGCCAGCAGUUGGCAACCUCGUCGAGGUCACAUCGCAUUCGAGACUCCAUCGCUGGCAAGAAGACUACGAGUACGAACCACAAGAUCAAACGCACCGUGCGCUUCCUUGACGACGACGGCGUUGGCGAACAUGUUGUCCUUCCGCUUGCGCAUCAGAACGGCGGCGGCAACAAUGACGAUGCGAGCCGACACGCGGUGCCCGAGAACCCGACCAACAUCGCGUCAAUGGCAAGCGAUGACGGUCUAUUCACUGGCAAUAACUCUGGGAGGCAACUAUCGACAUUCGAGCACCUAGCGCUCAACGCAUACGCAUCAUCGGACGUAGGCGUCCCUGACAAGAUCGGGUCGCCCGCCCACUCGGGUAAGGCAACAACGUCAACCGAGGCAGUUGCUUCCAAGUCCUCCGGUGGCAGACAGAUGGCAAUCCCUGCGCGCACCUCGGGACGGUCAGUGCGCUUCUCUGGCGUAGGUGGGAGACAUAGAAAAGCAAACCCCUCCAAUGACACCAUCGCCAAUCAGUCUGCUCGUGCGGCUUCAUCGGCUGCCCCGUCAACGCUUUCUCGAAACGCUACGACUGCGCCACUGCCCGCUCGGUCAACUGCGGGCCAUCCCUCUGCGAUAUCUCAGGCUACAGCUACCAGUUCUAUAGCGGCGGCCGCCUCCUCGUCCACUGAUCGAGCACCUGCGGCGCGCCCCUCUCAAGGCAAGCAAACGGGGGACAAGCGCACGCGCGAUGACGGGGAGGAUGACGACAAGAGCGACGAUGAAGAUGACGACGGCGGGCUGGUAUUCUUACCUGCAAGGAGGGCGAGGAAGAAGGUCAAGGCGCAAGACGUGAAUAAGUCCACAGCGCGCACCUCGAGCAACGGCGCUUCGAAGAAGGGCGGCAAGCUCGGCAAGUAA